UGUCUCGGACCUGAGCUUUGGGCGCUAGGAUUACGGGAGGGAGGACCCGUGCCUUCUAACCCAGUCCUUUUUUCCCCAGGACCUGGGCCCUAGUCCUCAUGAGCGCUGCGUGCGGAACCGGGGGCCCUCGCGCACCUGCUUGGGGAGCCGACUCGGGUCCGAGGGCGGCGCCCCGCGGGGCAGCCGCAGACCCGGGGGUGGGUCCAGGCCUUGGAAGUUGAGCCGAGGGAUGGUGAGCAAGUGGGCCUUGAGAUCAAGCAAGUCUGACUGUGGGACUUCUGGUCUUCCCCAGCCGAUGUGUAGGGACGACUUACAUAUUUACCUUUAAUUCACAAGAAUGGAAACUGAAAGAGGAAAACAAGAGAAGGCGAUGGAAGAGGAAAGUACUGAAAACAAAAAAGAGGUAGAGAAAAAGAAGCGGUCUCGAGUGAAACAGGUGCUUGCAGAUAUCACCAAGCAAGUAGACUUCUGGUUUGGAGAUGCAAAUCUUCACAAGGAUAGAUUUCUUCGAGAGCAGAUAGAAAAAUCUAGAGAUGGAUAUGUUGAUAUAUCACUUCUGGUGUCUUUUAACAAAAUGAAAAAAUUGACCACGGACAAAAAGUUAAUAGCCAGAGCACUGAAGAGUUCAGCUGUUGUAGAGCUGGACUUGGAAGGCACCAGGAUCAGGAGGAAGCAGCCUCUGGGGGAGAGACCCAAGGAUGAGGAUGAGCGGACCGUGUACGUGGAGUUACUUCCCAAAAAUGUGAAUCACAGCUGGAUUGAGAGAGUGUUUGGCAAAUGUGGCAAUGUCGUUUACGUGAGCAUCCCACACUACAAGUCUACGGGAGACCCGAAGGGGUUUGCCUUUGUGGAAUUUGAGACAAAAGAACAGGCAGCAAAAGCUAUUGAGUUUCUUAACAACCCACCAGAGGAAGCACCAAGGAAACCUGGGAUAUUUCCUAAAACAGUGAAAAACAAGCCCAUUCCUGCCCUGGGAGUAGCGGAAGAAAAGAAAAAGAGGAAGAAGAAGAAAGGCCGGGCGAAGAAGGAAGACAGCGGCCAGGCCAAAGAGGCACCCGUGGACACGGGCAAGGAGAGCAGCGCCGGUGAGGUGAAGGAGCCCAGGGCCACGUCGGACGGCUCCGAAGGGGAGGGCGCUGAACCCCAAAAGCCACCCUCAAAGAAAAAAAAAAAGCGGGUCAGAGCUGAAGCGGCCGGUUUACCUCCGGUGCGAGCAGAGAAGAGGAAGCGAAGCAGCUCCGAGGACGCAGGGUGCCCGGCUCCCAGGUCCAAAGUCAGGAAAACGGCCCAGAAAGACAACCUGAAAAAGGCCUCCCAAGUGUCCAAAGAAAACAAAGAGGUAGAAGUCUCCACGGAAGAGGAAAAGGAAGCGGGAGACAUAAAAGACGGGUCGCUCCUAAAAGCCAAGCGGAAGCACAAGAAGAAGCACAAGGAGCGGCACAAGAUGGGGGAGGAGGUCAUCCCCCUGCGCGUGCUGUCCAAGAGUGAAUGGAUGGACUUGAAAAAAGAGUAUUUAGCCCUGCAAAAAGCCAGUAUGGCUUCUUUAAAAAAAACAAUAUCCCAAAUAAAAUCGGAGUCAGAAAUGGAAAUAGAUCAUGGAGUAACUAAUAAGUCUGGACUGAAAAAUGAAAAAACGAGCAGUGAGGAGGGCCGUCCCCCGGAGAAGGCCCAGGCGGCGGGGCCGCAGUUCACGGCGGGCGUGAUUGUGAAGAUCGUCAGCCCGGAGCCUCUGCCCGGCAGGAAGCUCGUCAGGGACACGCUGGCCGCCGUCUCAGAAGUUGUGUAUGUGGAUUUGCUGGAAGGAGAUACCGAGUGCCAUGCGAGGUUUAAGUCUCCUGAGGAUGCUCAAGCCGUCAUGCACGCAAGUGCGGAAAUUAAAAAGAAGCACUGCUGGAAACUCGAGAUUCUCUCUGGUGACCAUGAACAGAGGUACUGGCAGAAGAUUCUGGUAGACAGGCAGGCCAAACUGAACCAGCCUCGUGAGAAGAAAAGAGGCACUGAGAAGUUAAUCACCAAAGCUGAAAAGAUUAGACUUGAAAAGACUCAACAAGCAAGUAAACAUAUUAGAUUUUCUCAAUAUAAUUGAAAAAAUUUUGGUUCACCUCUUAAGAUUUCGCUGGAUGCUGGAACUGUUGAAGAAAUCCAUUUUUAUUAUGCUAGUAAUGCCUAAUGAAUGUUUUUUUUUAAACCACAUUUACCUAAAAUAACUUGUUAAUAAGGUUUUUUUCUAGAAACAAGUACGUUGUAUACUAGCAUUUUUUCAUUAAACAUUCUAUUUGUUGAAAUGCUUACAUAAAUCAGUCUCAUUGAUUUAGUAAGUGCUUUGAACAUUAUCAUUAAUUUUUUUUAUAUUACUAAAACAACGUGCGGAAAAAAUCAGUACUACAUUAAGAUGUAGUUUAGAAAAAAUGUGUAGGCUCUCACUGUCCUUAACAUUUUGUAGCUUUUUCCACUUCCAGUGUCCUGGGCGUCAUGUCGGGCUGGUUUGUGCAGACAGAUGUGUGAUCUUUUUGUUCUGUGCACUGUUCUCUGCCCCUUCGUGUUCCCACUGAGCAGGCCACAUGAACUGUUUCCAAUUAAAAUGUUAAAUUUUAAAAGUACUGAGUUUGUAUCCCAUAAAUGAAGACAAAAAUAAAAUGCUCAAACGCUA